UGUUGUUGUCAUUACGAGCCAAGUUCGUAUUGAGGCUACAAGGGUGUUAUUUGAGGAUUUUGCCGGUGCAAAUCACCUUGCGUCUUACCCGUCGAUGUACGAACAUGCAAAAGAGACCUUGUCCUGCUGGCUUGAGCGGUUGGCAUCGGGACCUAGCCCAAGAGGACCUGGUCACUGAAUAUGGUGCAUGGAAGUUUCUGAAAGUUCAU